GUAGAGCAGUGUCUGAAGCGCCUGUGGAAAAUGAAUUUGGUGGGCUGCAUUGGAACUCUGGUACAAUUGAUUCCCAAGAACAAUACAUCCAAAGCCCACACAGAGUGUUUAGUUCCCAGUCAGCCUGUUCUGGAAACGGUGGCUCUGAAGGUAUUGGGAGGCUGCAAGCUCAUACUACGUCUGCUGGACUGUUGCUGUAAAGCUUUUCUCUUGUCCAUUAAACAUCUCUGCUUGAAAGAAUUCAUACUGCUGAACACUGUGGCUUCAGGGCUGCUGAGCAGGCUAUGGAUUCAGUACAGGUGUGUAUUGCAGAACCUCAUGUCCAUGUACGGCGUCUUGUCAUCGUCACUUCAUCUGGUAUCUGAGACUCAACAGAUGCCUUACAUCAAGGGGUUUACCUUCCCUUCUGAUAUCAAUAGCUUCCUUGGAGUUGACGUAUCUUCUGAGAUGAAGAUGCAGAAGGCUAAAAUGCAUGCAACAAAAAAGUCUGCCAGCUGGCUGAAGAAGCUCUUCCCAACAAUGCCAGAGACAGUGUCAGAGGUUGGGAAAAAGAGAAAUUUUUUGACCUGUAUGAGUGCUGUGAAAGACUGCAGUAUCCCAUGCCCUGUGGACAUUGGAAAGACUGUUCUGGAGACCAGAGCCAGGAGAGGGAAGCACCUGGGGUUUGAUGUGAAGAGCUUGCUUAGGCCAUCCAGACGUCCAACACAAGAGGGUAUAAGCAUUGCAUCAACCCCUUUUAAAGCAAAGUCAGCACCACCUUCCUCUCGUAUAGCAAAACUGCAGCACACUGGAUCUCUUGUUCAGAUGGUCCGAACAGCCACGUCCUUUGGGGAGCUGUCAGAGGCACUCAGGAAGGCUAUUCUGUGGUGCAAAAACAACAAGUUCAAACCAGAAGCUUAUUUUCUGCGUAACAAGUUGUUGAAAAGCAACAGGCUGCACCACGUGGAAGCUCAAGGAUACAGCUUGAAGAAGAAACUGUGCUGUGUCAAAACAUCUGUGCGUAAAUACCUCCUAUAUGGGUCACACCGUCCGCGGUGGCCAAAGCAGCACCUCGGGGCACGAAGGAACAUCAGAUCACCUGCAUGCUUGAAGAGAGCUCUGAAGACUGUUCAGCAAAAGCCUUCUGAGCUCUUUGGGGUCUGUGAGAACAGUGCACCACUCACGCUCCCAGCUCACCAGGAUGGGCCUCCAUGUCGAGCAGAGCGUUCCGAUACUGAUACAGGCUGUGUCACAUGGACUCCUGAGCGGCUGCUGCUGGGAGGAAGCCCUGGCCCUGCAUGGAAAGAAGCUCCUGAGAACACGGAUAUUGAUUCUAUUUUUGCAGCAAUAGGUGUCUGA